AUGGCGCUUAAACGAAUUCAGAAAGAGCUUGUUGACUUUCAACUUGAACCUCCAGCUUUGUGUAGCGCAGGGCCUAUCAAUGGAGAUCUUUUUAAUUGGCAAGCUACAAUUACUGGACCUCCAAAUUCGGCAUAUCAGGGAGGGGUGAUCUUCUUGAAUAUUAAAUUUCCAAAUGACUAUCCAUUCAAACCGCCACAAGUUAGGUUCAUAACAAAAAUUUACGCACCAUAUGUUAACAGCAAUUUGGGUACUAUGUGCUUGGAUAUUCUUAAUAGCAAGUGGUCGCCGGCUUUGACUAUUUCUAAAGGUAAUUUUGAAAAGGAGAGAUGA